AUGCAGAGAGAAACUGCCUGUAGGCUGGUACCCUACCACCACAUCAUGAGGUCUAUGGAUCAAGAAGAACCGACUCCACAUAAAACCAACAGCCCACCCUCUGGAGUUACAUACGCUCAUGAUGUCUUGGACUGUGGCCUCAAGCCAUGCCCCCUGGCUUUUUCUAGCCUUUCUGCAGAUCCCAUGGGCAGAUAUGGACAGCCAGAUAGCAUAGGGACAACACCUGCGCACCCUGCAAACGCUGCAGGGGCCUCUGCUCCGAGCCCUAGGAUUGAAAUUACUCCAUAUCAUGAACUGAUUCAUUCAGGGGGUCCCUUCCGCGGCAGAGACACAGAUCUUUUGGUAGAACAUCAGUCAAACUCAGCUACCACUAGCCCCAGGGUUACCUUGCCUGUCCCUGGCUUUGAGGGCUACAGAGAACCACUGUGUCUGAGCCCAGCUAGUAGCGGCUCAUCUGCAAGUUUCAUUUCAGAGACAAAUUUCUCUCCUUACACAUCACCAUGUGUUUCACCAAAUAAUGGUCCUAGUGAUGACCUUUGUCCACAGUUUCAAAACAUCCAUACUCAUUAUUCUCCUAGAACCUCUCCAAUAAUGUCACCACGAACAAGCAUCACGGAGGAAACCUGCUUGGGACAUCAUUCACCAUCACCCCGUCCCAACUCAAGGUCUUCAUCACCAGGUGCAAAAAGGAGGUACUCUUGCACUGAGCUCUACAAUACUCAGCUGCCUUCCACUUCUCCUCGACAGUCAAGGACCCCCUCUCCCCAAUCCUCUCCUCGCAUCCCUUUGAGAGAAGACAGCUCUUCAGUUACUUACACACAGUUGCCCAGCGCUCCUAUUUCCAUGGAUGCUAUGAACAGCCUUCCUACGGAUCCUUCUUGUGGCGUUCCCACAAAAAUUUGGAAAACCAGCCCUGAUCCUUCCUCGAUGCCCUCCCACAAAAACAGCAUUCCGUGUCACGUCUUUCAGACUGUUGACUUCCAUGGGCCUUGUGAGCAAGAGGACAGGAGAAACUCAGCCCCGGAGUCGAUUUUGUUGGUACCUCCGUCUUGGACAAAGCAACUGAUGCCUGCAAUACCUCUCUGCAGCUUGCCCGUGCAGUCGCUGCCGCCGCUCGAGUGGCCGCUCUCCAGCCAGUCGGGCUCCUACGAGCUGCGCAUCGAGGUGCAGCCRAAGCCCCAUCACCGCGCGCACUACGAGACCGAGGGAAGUCGCGGGGCGGUCAAGGCGCCCACUGGAGGCCAUCCCGUCGUCCAGCUUCACGGCUACAUGGAGAACAAACCCUUGGGUCUUCAGAUCUUCAUUGGGACAGCGGACGAACGGAUACUUAAGCCCCAUGCGUUCUACCAAGUCCAUCGCAUUACGGGAAAAACUGUCACCACCACCAGCUAUGAAAAAAUCAUUGGCAACACCAAAGUUUUAGAGAUCCCACUGGAACCCAAAAACAACAUGAAAGCAACCAUUGACUGUGCAGGGAUUUUGAAGCUGAGGAACGCGGACAUCGAGCUGCGCAAGGGAGAGACGGACAUCGGCCGGAAGAACACGCGCGUCCGCCUCGUCUUCCGCGUGCACAUCCCCGAGUCCAGCGGCAGAAUCAUUUCCCUGCAAGCGGCAUCCAACCCCAUCGAGUGCUCCCAAAGGUCUGCUCAUGAACUUCCAAUGGUCGAAAGACAGGAUAUUGAUAGCUGCCUUGUUUAUGGAGGACAGCAGAUGAUCCUGACAGGACAGAACUUCACGGCAGAGUCCAAGGUGGUGUUCACAGAGAAAACUUCAGAUGGGCAGCAGAUCUGGGAGAUGGAGGCCACCGUGGAUAAAGAUAAGAGCCAGCCUAGCAUGCUUUUUGUAGAAGUACCAGAAUAUCGUAACAAGCACAUCCGCACACCUGUGAAGGUGAAUUUCUAUGUCAUCAAUGGGAAGAGAAAAAGAAGCCAACCCCAGCAUUUUACCUAUCAUCCAGUACCAUCAAUCAAAACAGAGCCCAUUGAUGACUAUGAUCCAGCCUUAAUCUGCAAUACAGUACACAGUGGUCUGGGAACAGUAACACAGCCUUACUAUUCACAGCACACAAUGGUCACCGAGUCCCCUUCCUGUCUUGUGGCCACCAUGGCCCCCUGCCAGCAGUUGCGCUCAGGCAUUUCUUCUCCCGAUUCUCGAUACCAUCAGCAGAAUCCAGCCGCCGUAAUAUACCAAAGAAGCAAGAGCCUGAGCCCGAGCCAACUGGGCUACCAGCAGUCCAGCUUGAUGGCCACGCCGGUGGCUAUUUCAGAUGCCCAUAGGUCAGUGCUGGUGCAUGCUGGUUCCCCAGGCCAAACUUCAGCAGUGCUCCACCACUCUCCAGGCAACCAGCAGUCUUCCCCAGUGAUCCACUAUUCUCCAACCAACCAGCAGCUGAGGUGUGGAAGUCACCAAGAAUUUCAGCACAUCAUGUGCUGUGAAAAUUUUACAUCCAGCGUUGCAAGAUCCAGCCAGCCCCAAGUCAGUCAAGCACAAAGGUUAAGUCCAAGUUCGUACCCGACCGUGAUUCAGCAGCAGACAGCCUCAGGCCAGCGAGCAGCAAAAAAUGGACCACCAGUUAGCGACCAGAAAGAAGUGUUACCAGCUGGAGUCACUAUCAAGCAGGAACAGAAUCUGGACCAAGCAUACCUGGAUGACGUUAAUGAAAUUAUCAGGAAGGAAUUUUCUGGACUCCCUGCCAGAAACCAGACAUAGAGGCAGAGAUUUGCGAGACAACUUUUACCAAAUCCUUCCAUAACUGACCUCUUAGAUCCUUCCMGUGUCCCUGCAACCUCCUGCUUCCUUAACUGUUCAUCUCAAGGCACCAAUUCAAUGCAAGGAACAAUGUAUUGGCAUCAAGCUGACAGCCUUGACUAAGCAACUCGCCACCUCUCUCUGUAAACAUCGAAAAGGACUCCCUUCCUUUAGUCCAAAGAUCGUAUUGUUCUCAUGUAAAAGAGCAUCUGUCUGAGGAAACUCUUCAAGCCUGCUGCAAAAUAUCUAUCAUCUAUGUAUCAAUAUAUCUUAGCAAUAAGGGAGAAGUAAGAUGUACCUCCUGAACACCGCACGAAGCAAGGGAGGUUUAUAUAUGUGCGCUUAUUUGGGUGGGGUGGGAAACGAGAGAAGAAAGAGUAAUAUAUUGCAUAAAAGAAUAAAAACAGUUUGCAGUUUGCUAACAAUGACUUGCCCUCUGGGUCUCAAAGCCCUUUUGAAAAAUGUAACUGUUGUAGGAAACUGAGGCAGCCCRGGCUUGCUUGGCCUUAGGCCAACGUGGGAUCAAAACCCAUGUUCUCUGACUGAGCACUGUGAUUAGUAUUUCAGACAGUAGCCAUCAGCUGGAUCCAGGAGUUUUCAUUUUUCUGGACAGGAGUUUGAAGGAGAAGGAUAUUCAAAGAGAACUAAUUAAAAGAAAAAAUCGGCAAUUCAAACAUCAUUCCCAAGAUAAACUAAACCCUGAUGAAGUAGAGAUUAAUAUAUAGAACUCMCAAGUAACCUAAGCACUGUUAUGCCUAUCCAAAGAUUUUUGUGACUGAUUGUUAUUCAUAUUCAGGCAGUACCUGAACGCAUCUUAGAUGUUUUCUCUCUAUUGGAUUGUUGCUSUUUCUUUCCGCACAGAACCUGCUGUUGACUUGUACCUUGUCUCGUAUAGCAGCUGUAGCAUUUAACCACGCAAGCUGCAGAAGAAAAUAAUUGCAUCUCACAGAAGCCAUGUCUUGUAAACAAACGCAUACCCUUACUUAUAUUUCUUUAGCUUUGCAAAGCCACCCUCAGUUUCUGGAAAGAUUAACUUUCCAUGUGAUUAACGUUGUUAGUUAUAUUUUGCUUCAGGUGUUUGAAUAUGCAGUACUGAUACGUGCUCAUCACAGUAAGUGAUCACCUCUGCCCUUUGCAGGUGUACUCCUCGUACAUCUGUAAUGCUUCUUGGCAUGUCCUGCCUACCACGGUGUGAUAAGAAGACGUCAUGAGKGCGUAAUCAAUGUACAGUAAGAGAGAGCCAUAAUAUUGUAGGAAAUAGGUCCUCAUUGUCAUCUUUGUUUUCGUAAAUGAGUAAUGCUGAUAUUGUUAUGGAUGGAGAGCUAGAAGUCUAGUCUAGAGAAAGAAAAUUUUCAAUUAUUUAAAGUAAACUUUGCUGAAUACCAAUAUGUCCUCAUGCUCACAACAGCAACUGGGUGAUGGGRAUACAGCAGGUCAGUAGAGCAGCCAUAUAAGCGGUUCCCCAAAACUGCAAAGCAAAUAAUUACAUAAACCCUUUAGAAUAUAUGCUAGGUUCAACAAAAUUGUUCUCAGACAUAGUGAGAAAAAUGUAUUUUCUGCCACAAAAAGCUAGCACUUAACCUAUGCAAGAUCUAUAUUUUAGAGCAUGAGGCAGCAAGCAUCAUGCUGCUCAGAAUUUCUCAUCUAGGUCUCUGUUACAAUCUUGUUUUUGUAAUCUGAAUUUUGCUGGUUUUCCCACAAAAGUACUGCUAGAAACGCAGGUAGUGGUAGAGUAAUAUGGAGACAGUCACACACUGUCCAAAGUACUGGACAAUUUUGAAAWGUUCUUAAGGAUGAAAUGUGUCUAUCAGAAGUUCUCUAUUGCAACUGAGCAAAACAACAGCCCAAAUGUGUCUCCCAGUUUCUCAGAAUAAUUCCAAACUUGCAAUUAUUGAAAAUGGCCACUGAGUUUUCCUCCCUUUAGUUUCCCUACUUUUCCCACCUUUUAAUUGCAAAUUAACUGACAGGAACUUUACUCUUGCUGGUUUUUCAAUAGGAUACCAAAGAAAAAUAUCAACUUAUUUGCAAAUCUGCAGACAAACUGACAAAACUAUUGCUGCUUAUUUGGUGAUGGAUAGCAGCUGGAUUUCAGUAUUUCUGUUUAUGCAGAUGGAUGUCUCAUCUCUAAGUGAGAUGACACCCCAUAUCCAGUAGCAACCUGCCGCCUGAAAUAAGCAGUUUCAAUAUGGGGAAMCUGGUUGUGGGAUUUAUUUGAUGGUGGUGGUGGUCUUUUUUUCCUGCCACUGACCAUUGCUAGUCAUUUGGGCAUCCUAGAUAAUUUUCCCCUUAUUUCUCCAAGACUUAUCUGUGUAAAGCAGACAGGGAACCUACAGKCUCAGAGUGAAGCUUCUGAGCCUUCAAAAGGGUCCGGGCAGUCCCGGAGCCCCUGCCAGGCUCCACUGAAGCUGCUUUGCAGGAUGCACCCAUAAAACACGCUCCCUUUAGCAGAAAGGUAAGAUUUCCAUGACGCCUACGUGUUCUUUCGGACGCUUUGCUGUAGACAGAGGGGAAGAGGAAUUUUUUAAAGUGCUACAAGUUGUGUCCUUGUUCUUGCAUUAGUUGUAUUUCUUCCUAAUUUUUAAGGCAUAGCU